CACUCGCAUGCAUCCGGGCGACUUCAUUAUUUGAAACCCGUCAAAUCGACGAUCACCGGCGAAAAAACAGACAAAAUGGCGUCAAAAGAAACAGCAGAUGACUCCCUGUAUCCCAUAGCUGUGCUCAUUGAUGAGCUUAGAAAUGAAGAUGUACAGAGGAGACUCAACAGUAUCAAGAAAUUGUCCACAAUCGCUUUAGCUUUGGGUGUAGAAAGAACAAGAGGGGAACUUAUACCAUUCCUUACAGAUACUAUUUAUGAUGAAGAUGAAGUCCUCCUGGCCCUGGCAGAGCAACUUGGUUCUUUUACUCCCCUGGUCGGUGGUCCAGAGCAUGUAUUUUGUUUAUUGCCUCCCCUUGAAAGCUUAGCCACUGUAGAAGAGACCGUUGUGCGAGACAAGGCUGUGGACAGCUUGAGGAAGCUCUCGGAAGAACACACCCAGACUGACCUUGAGAAUCACUUUGUACCGAUGGUCAAGCGUCUAGCGGCGGGGGACUGGUUCACCUCUAGGACAUCAGCAUGCGGUCUGUUUAGCGUCUGUUACAAGAAAUGCAAAAACACAACAAAGGGAGAAUUACGAGUGUUGUUUAACAACCUAUGUAGCGAUGACACCCCUAUGGUACGGAGAGCUGCUGCUAGCAAACUUGGUGAAUUCGCCAAAGCUGUAGAAUCUGAAUAUGUCAAGUCGGAUCUUAUUCCUAUGUUCAACAGUCUGGCUAGCGAUGAACAGCAAGACUCUGUGCGAUUGCUGGCCGUGGAAGCUUGCGUGAGCAUCGCGACCCUGCUCUCCCACGAAGAUACAGAGCUCCUCAUCAUGCCCACCAUGAGAGGCUGUGCUGAAGACAAGUCAUGGAGAGUGAGGUACAUGGUCGCUGAUAAGUUCACAGAGUUGCAAGAAGCGGUAGGUCCAGAGAUCACCAAGCAAGACCUGGUCCCAGCAUUCCAGAGUCUUCUGAAGGACUGUGAAGCAGAGGUCAGGGCUGUGGCUGCUCACAAGGUCAAAUCAUUCUGUGAGAAGCUAGCUCCUAACUCUAGAGAACAGAUCAUCAUGGCCAGCAUCUUACCCUGCGUCAAGGAUCUUGUGUCAGACGCUAACCAGCAUGUGAAGAGCGCCCUCGCGUCCGUUAUCAUGGGCCUCUCUCCUAUUCUGGGCAAAGAUAACACCAUCCAGCACAUGUUACCCCUGUUCCUGGCUCAGCUGAAGGACGAAUGCCCAGAGGUCAGACUGAACAUCAUCAGUAACCUAGACUGCGUUAACAAGGUGAUCGGCAUCACCCAGCUCUCACAGUCUCUACUACCAGCCAUUGUAGAACUAGCUGAGGAUAACAAGUGGAGAGUUCGACUUGCUAUCAUCGAGUACAUGCCACUACUGGCUGGACAAUUGGGUGUAGAGUUCUUUGAUGAGCAGCUGAAUAAGCUUUGCAUGGCAUGGUUGGUGGAUAAUGUAUUCGCUAUCAGAGAAGCUGCCACAAACAACCUGAAGAAGCUGGUAGAGAAGUUUGGCACAGCAUGGGCUCAGAGGACCAUCAUUCCUCAUAUUCUUGGGAUGUCUCGUGAUUCUAACUACCUGCAUCGUAUGACCUGCCUCUUCUGUAUGAAUGUCCUCAUCGAUGUGGUCACUCCGGAGGUUCUCAGUCGGGAGAUGUUGCCUAUCAUCAACUCUCUCGCUGAGGAUGCGGUGGCCAAUGUACGUUUCAACGUCGCUAAGACUCUCCAGAAGAUGGGCCCUUUUAUCGAAGCAAGUUUGUGUCAGACUUCAAUCAAGCCAGUGCUUGAUAAGCUGAAUACAGAUACAGAUGUCGAUGUCAAAUUCUACGCCCAAGAGGCAAUGGCAGUCAUUUAAGGAUGGAAGGAAGACAGGACCGGCUACCAGCUCGUCUGCUGCCCCAAGGCUAUAAUGGUAAUUCCUAGAAAUACGUUUUGAGACUUGAGAUUUAAAAUAAACCCCAAACAAAAUAAAAGGCAGUCCCCAAAGUGUUGUUGCAAGCCAUUGUAUUUGGAUGAUAGUUCAAGCAAAACACAUUUUGAUAAAAGUAAUGGCAUAACACAUUAAACUUUUGUAGAUCACUUUGACAUUGUGACAAUUUAAUAGAUGAUAUGUUAGAAUUCAUUGUUUUUUUCAAAUAUUUAUCCCGAUGAUGAACGUGGUUUAAUGGUAAACUGGAGUAACCACAUCUGCUGUGGCAUAGGGAUUGUAUGUGCUGUGCCGAUAUUACCAGAUAUCUGCAUUCAGUUAUAGAGAGAUAUGUAUUUGGCUUCUGCUAUGUCAAACACAUCGCAGGUCUCAUGUUCUUUUCAUAUUGAUCAGCCUUAAACACCCUAUCCGAUGAAAAAACAACUAUAUAUAAGUGGAAAACUGAAUGAACGUAGAAUUCAAAUAUAAAGGAAUAAAACAAUUUCCCUUUCAGUAUUGCUCAAAGGCAAAUUGAAACCUUUUUUUUCAUACCCCUCCAAAUUACGGGUCAACAGGGGUCAAAUUUGCAGAAGUUACAAUGAUGACAUAACAUGUGGACCCGAUCGGCUCACCUAUACAGCAGAGGCGAUGAGCUGUGCUUAUUUAAUGCAAAGCCAUUGUGAAUAUGCGUACUCCACAUGAUGUCAUUAAGUCGAUAUCAAGUUUUUAGGUCGACAACUUCUGAUUCUCAAAGCGUAAGAUUUGAGUUUUCAGAGAGCCGUUUCUCCUCUGACAAACACUAAACUGCCAUGUAAUUGAUAGUUCUUUAAUCUAUGGCUUAUAAACUUUCCCUUGAUAUAUAUAAUUCAUCUAUUUCAUUCAUUUUUCAGUUCGGAUAUGGUCUUUAACAUCUGAUGUCUUAGUGUGACACUGUUUUAUUCAACUACCCGAUUUUAGUUUUCAUUGGGCUGAUGUAGUAGAUGAUUGAGAAACCCACUGUCUUGAGCAAUUCAAUUUCUUAAUCUAUCUUUGAUACCAAAAAUGAAAUAGGACAGUGAGGUCAAAAACAUACUUAAAAAUCCUCUUAAAGUACAAAAGAAAUUGCCUUUGUAUUGCUCUGUUUGAUGUGAUUUUAUUGUAUUAAUUGAACCAAUAGGAAGAAUGUCGCACAGUUGUCAUGUUUAAAGAGAAAGCAAAACUUAUCAAGCAGAUGUUGACUUGUGUCAAAGCAUCAUUUGUGUCUUGAAGAUGUCUUGUAUACUGUGUCACUGUUGUUGAAUAGUUGUGUUUGUUAUUUAAUUUUGUCUUCAGUGCUAAAAAUGUAUGGGCAGCCAAAAGGGCCAAUAUUAAUAAAGGAAAGUAAACAAACAAUGAUAGAAACAAAGAUUCAGAGAUAGACAUGAAGAUAAUGCAAAAGUAAAGACAACCUCACAAUUUAAGAUCACCUCAAAAAUAAAUCAACUUUCAAAAUAAAUGUAACACAGGAAUAAACAAAACUUCAGAAUUAAAGAUAACUGCAGAAAUAAGGUUGGCCACGGAAUUGUUUGUUUAUUUUUCUUUAUUAAUUUUGCUGCCCAUAAAAACCAGGCAUCCUGUGUGAAUAUUGUACAUAAAUACUUGGUAUGAAAGAAAGGAGAAAGUAUGAUGGAGAUGAACUUUGCACAACUAUCUAUUCUUGUGUAUCGGAAAAAAAAUCUUUAGACAUGAUUUCUUUUUAUAUUUCAGAUAUUUGCGUGAAUAAUGCUGAAAGCAUUCUUAAAUUGGAAGAUCUAGACGUUAAAAACUAAGAUGUGUUUUAAAAAUCAUCAUGAAACUAUUAGUGGAAUAUUUGAUUGGGUUUUGUGACUUACAGGAAUUAAUGAAUUUUAUGAAAAUGCAACAAUUAUUUUUGUCAUCAUCAAAUGCGUUGGAAUCAAGAUGUUUGAAUGCUCUUUAAGCAUACCGUGUAUCUGUUGUUUCCCCCACCACACUAGUCGGGGAUAUAUGUACUGUAUGCAGAGAUUAUUUGAUUUUUCAAGUCUUGUUUCCUUUCUUGCUUUAUACAUGUACAUUAAAGGCAUCUUUUCAACAUGUAUUGUGCAAGUUGCAAAUAAACUUAAAGAGAUCUGUUUCAUUAGUGAGCAUUCUAGGUAUACAGAGAUUUAGUCAGUUGUGGUCCUAAAGGGAUUGCACAUAGGUUGUCAUUAGACAUGUGAAACUAAUUUGAGAUCAGUUUUAAACUUUUUUUCCAAGGCUACACCUCCUUGUAUAUGCAGUUAUCGCACAUGAUUAUUACACAUGUGGAUAUUUACAGACGUAAACGGAGGGAAUCAGACUGAAUUCCUGCAGUGUUUAUAGAAAAUAUCUAGAAAUCUGAAAGUGGAUGCAACUCUACAAAGUUGAUUCUCACUGGGCUUGACCCUUGUACUGUGAUAGGAUUAGCUCUGUUCUUUACUUCACUUUUCACAGUGUGUUCAGGCUUGUUCACAUUGCUGUAGGAACAUAGAAACUAUUUUACUUGUAGAUAAUGGCAAGUAAUGGUGAGGGUCAAGUAUCUGCAAGUCUGAAUGGAAAAAAUGCCUCUAAAGCCCUGUUGAGAUGUGAUGCGGUAAAACAGCAGCUUUUUGUUUUGUUAUGAAGAUGUCGUAAAGUGUAAUACGUUUGACAUUUCUGUGUCUUAUAACACAGAUCUUGAGUAUUUUAUCUUUCAAUGGAUUUGGCUCCAUGAGAGUGUGAUAUUAUUAUGUCAUUGAGACAUACAGGACCUGUGUUGCGCACGUUUGCCAUUCAUUUACACGAUUUACAACAUCAUAUCUGAACGAGCCCCAAGGCAAGCGUUACCAUUCCCCUGCAUCUUAUAUGAUAAGGGAAAGUGAGACGUCCAUUACUUACCAAUUUUUCAACAAUUUAAGGGGUCAGUGACUCCAAGACGUUACUCCAUUUUUGCCAUUUUGAGAAAAAAUAGUUUAUGUGUCACUGAGCACUUGGGCCUCAUGGAGUCAAGUCUAUGUUUCACUAGCCAUUGACUUCAAUGGGGUGUUGGGUGGAGUUACGUCUUUGUGUUUCCUGGAAAGCCCACAUUUUCCUGAACAUUUUGAUAUCAAAUACUAAUUUGGGCAAAAUAUGGACUUACGUCUUGUUGUCACUGAAACCUCAAAUUGAUUCCUUGAAGUGGAACGAUAUUCCGUUCAUGAGAUAUUAAAUGCUAACAUAGGAUUAAUCAGGAAGCUAUUUGACGUGUGUUGUUUUGUAGAUUUUAAAAGUGAAUAACGAGGGAAGAACUGAUGUGGUAAUAUAUUCAGUUAUAUUAAAUAGAUGAAUUAUUCAGUUCAAUAGUUGCUAAAAGUCAUUCAUCCAGUAUAUUUGAUAUUUCAGGUACCUGUGUUUGUAUCUUAAACAAUCACCAGUGUGUUUUUUCUUUUUCUUCAUUUACAAAAAAAAAAUAAACGAAGCAUAUUCAUCACCCCGUAUACUAUAUGUUAACCAUAAAAUAUGUAAGUGUUCGUCUUUUGAAACGCAACUGUAUUUUAAUGCAGCAGCACUAUACAUAUAGCAAGAGAAAGCAAGUUGUAAUGCUAUCAAAAAUAUAAUGCGCAAGGUUUAACAAAGAAUAAAGAAAAUCAGAAUUGUGUGGAUAAGUGGUGGAAAUAAAAAUGCUGUCAAAUAUGUUUGUAAAUUAUUUGGGCUUGUGAUGUUACUUUAGAACCAAGCCCUCGCUUGGUUGAAUGGACAAUUUUGUUUGUGUUUAUAAACACCCUUGUGAAUGAGUGGUAGUCGUGUAUUAGUAUAUAAGCACACUGGUCUAUUUGUAAUAAUGACUUCAUUAUCUAAAAAUAAAUAAAUAUUCUGUCUACCACCA